UCAUGUUAGUCGAGGAAUAGAGUUCGUGUUGAUCGGACGGGCUGCGUGUCGCCGGUCCGUUUUUUAAGAAACAGUUCCCAGAGAAUAAGAUACAAAGUCAGAUUUAAGUGAUUUUAAUAAGAAGAGGCGACAUUUUAACAGUGCUCGGGAAAAUCGAUAAGUUCGUGAGUGUGGACGUGAUUUCAUAUAAAAAUUCGAGUUUUCUUGGUGCACUUGCGAUGAAAUCGUAAAUUUCGUUGACCCAAUCGACAAGAAAAUUUCACGAGCUACGACUUGAAAAAUUUUCGUGUCUUCUUCUUGCUCGCCUCUCAUAUGUGGUACGGCGGAUGGCAAUGUGUAGGUAAGCUGACCACAAAUACAUUCGAAAGACUACAUGUUUUGGAAUUCCGUCGGCGUCAAGUGUAGAUAGGAGAGCACUGGUAUGCGUGCGUGCGAAUGUUGCGCAAUUUCGUCGUGGCCGGUUGCAGUGUUUGCGAGCGCGAGGCACUCUAGUGGUCGUUCGUGGAACUACGCCUAAUAAGGUAUGCGCGCCUUCUACUAGAAAAGAUACACGAAAACGAGCCGAGUGCAAUUCGUGACAGUAUCUGCGGGUAGUUCGGGGCAUUGCUUGGAAUCAGAUAUUUUUUCCGAUGGGUACGUUUGCUGGUGUGAGUGGUUUGUGAUGUAUUCGUGAAAGUACGUUUCAAAAGAACUGAACUUUAUUCUGGAGUCUUCUUUAUAAGAACUGCGGUCCCGUUUGGAUAUUUGGAUUAAAAGUCAAGCCAUUAUGUGUAAUUUAUGCUGAUUACCUAUCUGGUAUCUGCAGCCCGGUUCACGGGCCAUGUCGUUAAGUAGCGUGCUAUCAACAGCAGCGCAAGGAACGGUCCCAGCUUCAGCAUCAGCAACUGGUUCUGGUAGGCAUCAUCAGAAAAACCAGGAGGCAAGCAGUAGAAGAGGCUCCGCCACCAUGAUAACAUUAGCUGCUACCGCGGCUUCCGAUGUUGUAGCAGUUGCAAACGCUACAACAGCGACCAGCCCGGCUACAGCGGAACCCAUGGUGGUAACUUCUGCCUCAGCAACAACAUCUAUAACAACAGUCGCGUCCGUUGGAACAGCAACAAAUACGCCGACAAGAGGAAUUGUCGCGAGCAACAACAGCAGAGCAACCGCGAUGACAACAAGGCCAGCAACGAUAAGACGCCGACUUAAAGUCAAGGAAUUCAACGAUCUGAUCUCGUGCUCCUUGUGCAGUGGCUAUUUGAUUAACGCAACUACUAGUGACCACUGCGGACAUUGGUUUUGCCGUUCAUGCAUUUUACGACACUGCAAAACUUCAAAGCAUUGUCCAAAGUCAAAAUGUGGAAAACCUCUGAGUUUAUCGAACCUCAGGCUUGACGAACAACUUAAGACACUUGUAUAUAAACUUGUCCCUGGACUAUAUCAUAAUGAAAUUGAACGCCAAUUACAAUGGGGUUCUUCCGAUGGCAAAGAUGAGGCUGUGAACCAAGAUUCAGAGGAAGAUUUCUUUUCUCCAGUCGAACCAAUUAGUCUUUCUCUGGAAUACCAUCCUGAUUCGCUAGCGAGUUUCAGGAAGGACCAAAUACCGCCAGUACGGUACCUUCAAUGCCCGGCAGCAGUGACAGUGCAUCAUUUGCAAAGGCUCAUAUCGUCCAAAUUCAAUAUUGACAUGGAAAACCUACGCGUUGAUAUUGAAAUUAUCUACGAUGACGAGAUAUUGCCAGAUGAUUUUAGCUUAAUGGAUAUUGGAUAUUGCUAUUCAUGGAAAAGGGACAGUCCGAUGCGACUUUUCUAUCGAAUAUUAGUUCAUAAUCUGUGCAAUAAGGCGGAACAGGUAACAAUUAAUACAGAUAGUGUUGUAGCUAUAAUAGAAGAAAACAUAGAGGCUAAGCAUUUAAUAAAAAGUAAGGAACAGACAAGCCAUAAUAAAACGGUACGUUUCAAAGAACAUUCAUCAAACGGUACGUCAAAAGAACACUCAAAAAAGCAAACUGGAUCUUCAAUUUCAACUCUUAUCAAUGUCAAAAAUGAGAAAACUAAGCCAGUAAAAGACUAUGAUGAUGAGGAUGACGAUGAUAAUUCUUACAAGAAUUCAAGAACUACAUACACUAUUUUGAAGCCAAAAAUCAAUGACGAAUUGCAGAAUCUUAACCAUAACAACAACAAUAACAACAGUGUCUCGAGUAAACACAAGAAGGAAAAAGAAAAACAUUUACAAGCUGAACCACCGAAGGAAUCUGUCAAAGUGACUAUUAUUGCCCGAAAAACGGACAUCAAAGUCAAAUCUGGGAAAAAUAAACCCAAGCGAAGUUCGUCUCCAAAGACACCUGAAGCAACACCAUCGAGUGAUUUCAAAAGUUUGAGAAGUAACGAUGUACGUUACAUGAACGAUUAUACUACCGGUACGAAUACGACUACUACGAAACAACACAAAUCUAAAUCGACUCCGAAGGAAACUUCAAAGGCAGCUACGCCGAAAUGUGACAUUUUUGUCAGUAUUCCGCAAAGUGGUCAUAGAUCUUCGAACUCCUCAGACGAUAGUUCAGAAAAUCUAUCGCUGGCGCAACUGAAAUCAGCGAGCAAGAAGAACAGCCAUACUGUCCAACUGAAGCAGAGCACAAGCCUUGAUGAGUCUCUGCUACCCAAGCUGAAAAUAACUGUUGCUAAAACUUCACCUACUGCAAAAGUACGAAAGUUGAGUUCCGACGAUCGUCCUGUAGAACAUGUGGACUUAACUACUUAUGCAAAGCACAUUGGUUUAAAACCAAUCAAUCAGCCCAGCGAAGAGAAAAAGGACAUUAAGUUGAAAAUUGGUCCAGGUAAUUCGCCAAGCUCGUCAGUGUCAUCUUCCUCGGCAUCAUCUCCGCCAUCUGCUGCAGAAUCUGGAUUUGUAUUCAAUACAGAUGCUCCAAUAUCAAGCCACAAGAAGCGCAAAAAGGCAAAACAUUCCAAAGAAUCGAAAGAAUCGAGUAGCAAGAAAAGGAGACUUCAUGCUGAGAUAUCUUCUCCUGCUGCGGAAGAAAGCCUAAAAUUGAAAGUUAAAAUAACUGGUAAUCCAAAAUCUUAUAGGGCCGAGAGAAAAGCCAGUUCUAGUAGUGAUGAGGUUGUAAUUACCUCUCCAGUUGUCACAGAAGCAUCCAGUUCAGCGACUAGUUCAUCUACGAUCAGUAAUGCAAUGAAUAAAGAAUUGCAGAAACCACCAACCAACUCUAAGCCUAUGGUAAACAUACCCAUCACCCUCAAAACGCCUUCAAACGGGUCAAAGAACAUUGCAAGCGCUAUCAAAACAAUUCCCGACGUGCAGCCGACAAAAGAUGGAAAGACAGCUAAAGAGGCAGUCGCACAAAAAUCAUCGACACAAAAGUCGGUCACGCCAACAGUAACAAUUCCAAUUUCAAAGCCAGCUUCACCGAGGUCGUCAACGGUUACGAAUUCAACACCAGCUCCAGUUACAUCAGUUCUAACUCCGAAACUGCAAUUAACUAAAAUACAAAGCAUUCAAGACACAAAACUACAUGCCUCUCCUCCAUUACCGCCAAGCUUAUUUAAAACAGCUCCUAUGGCAUUGCAACCAUUAGGGACGGUGAAAAAUUCAGUCAUGCACCAAUCACGCUCAAGCUUACCAGUAAGCGAGAACACCAACCUAAGUGGCAAUAGACUCACUCCUGUUGCGCGAACGACAACACCUUUUGCUGUUCCGAACGCACCACGAAAACCAAACUCGCCUAAUUCACCGAAACUUUCACCGAUUUGCACAAUAGCAAGCGCUGCUAAUCGACAACUGCAAUUGAAAAGGUCUGCGAGUUUAGAUGGAAACCCUUCGUCCAUGGCAAAGCAACAAAAGGUAGACCAGGAAAAAUUCAUCAGAAAGACACCGUACACUCCUCCGUUGAAUAAGCUUUCGAAUAGCCCUGCAGCAGCCGCGACUACACCUACGGGCAACGGUAUUAAAGCUCAACCACGAAAUUCAUCAAUUGCCGUGGUUACAAAUCCUACACAGAAGCCCCAGCAGCCACCUUACUAUACUUCACCAAUGGCUAAUACUUACACUCAUGAAAUUCAAGCGAAGAAACCGACUCUCAUAACAUUACCUCCUUCUUCUAUCAGUGUUACGAAAAUGCCGGACACUAGUGCAGGAAGCAUAGUGCAAUCGUCAACAGGUUUGACAAUUACUCCGCAGCAGCUAACACCUCCUCUCUCACACUCCGCUCAGCAGCAGAAGCCUGCUCUCGAAAUUGUUCGAAUUCAGUCAAACAUUCCUCCAAUUGAUCAACAGAAACCGACAGUCACUAACAACAACACAAUUAAACCUACUCCGCCCAAAACUACACGACCGCUGCCUCCCACAAUUCCGCUGGUGAAGAUUAAGCGUUCGACAAAUCAGAUAAACCCACUGAAAUCAACGGUGACUACAGUUUCGGCGCCAAUACAACAACAGGCCUUACUCUCAAUCAAUAACAUUACAAAGCCAGCAAUGGAGUCAACUGCAUCUAAAACCUCUGUCAAUGGAGUCAGCAAAUUAGAGCAAAAAGUAAUCGACGUUGAUCAGGAGACAUCCAAAAAAGUGACCAGCUCGAAAGUGACAAGCGUUUGUGAUACAACUGGGGUAUUAGAUCUCUCCGGAAAGUCAUCUCGCAGCCCUUCGCAUGAUAAAAACUCGCCACCACUAACUCCAAUCUCACCCAAUCAAAGCCAGUCAUCGGUUGCACAAAAUUCAGCCGCGAACAACAUUGAAGCCGCUUUGAACAAGAUAAAGCAGCAAAUGGCGCAGAUUUCUCCAACAUCUACAACUCCCACUAGCACAAUUCCCAAUUCAACGACCAUUUUGUCUACAGUUUCAGUUACGACAUCUUCUUCAACUACACAGGCGAGUGCCAAAUCUGAGGCAUCCUCGAAUGAUACGCACACCAGCAUAAUGUCGCCAAUACCCGCUAUAGGACUUAACAGCACAAACCUACAAAAUUUGAAAAUGCUUUCAGAAUCAGCAACUUCGCGUGAAAAAAUUGCGAUUAAAAAUCAGAAACCUCUGUCUACUCUGGCUGUGCCGAAGCUAAAUGAGAUAAGUAAAGUCAGGCAGCCAGCCAUCGCGGUUCGCCAACAAAAUGCAUCUGUUCGCAACAUCCCCAAUCCUUCGGCUCUGACAUUACGAAAUCAACAAGUUCCUAUGUUGACGAGCAUAUCGAAAACAUCGACAACGACUUCUAAAACAACUACGUCAACUUCUAAUACGCUAACAAGUGGAAUUUCUGCGGGCUUGAACGAACCCAAACCGACGGGACUGUCCUCGAACUUUGAAACGAAACCUCAGCCAGCUUCACCUUCAACGAGCGCCACGGUUUCACCAUCAACCUUCACGAGUUCCUUGGCAAAAAGUUCUAGUCCUGCGGUUUCCACAACUUCUAGCGCCUCGUCCGAUGCUUCUAAGCUUCUCACAUCCAAAAAGAAUUUCAACAUUGAACAGGUCGCUGCCAGUUUAAACAUGAGAGCGGCUGCUGCUGCGGGGGAACGUUCGACUAUAGCGAAAAAUGUACCCUCAACAACGUCACCUUCAACCACUUCCUCAAUGUCUUUCAUAUCACCUUUGACUUCUCCGUCGUCUGGACUGUCGACAACCGCGUCAACAACAGCUUCUUCGACGGUAACAUCUAUUUCCCAGACAUCGGUGGCCUCAACCACCACCAGUGCAUCAGUGGUCAGCACCACCACCAGUGCACCGGUAAUCAGCGCAACGACAACAUAAUCACUGGAUUAAUUUCGUGCUGUCGAAAAUUUAAAUACUCCCCCGUUCUCAGGCAAGGAUUGCAGUAUUGUUGAUUCGAACUAUUGCGUCAACACAAACAAACACUACUCUCUGUUAUGUGCCCAGUAAUCUCUUUAUACCUUCCUCUAAGUCUAAGCCAAACUAGUUUAUAAGUUGUUAAUAGUAAUCCGAAGCGUAUGCAAGAGGCUAACUAAUCCUUUGUCGUACAGAAAUCCCCUCGGGACAGGUGGAUAUGCAAAAUUUCAUUUCACGGUUUGACAUUCAUUGAGAAUGAAUUGAGUUAGUUCUGAAUCUAAUCUGGGCUUCCAGUGUAGUCUAAAAUCCCGUUGAUAGCAUUCUUUGUUUUAUGAAAUAUGACGCCUACCCACUUUCUGCUGUUUCUCGUGAACAUUCUUCUAGAAGUUGACACUUGUUUGUGCAGGAGUGGAAGGAUUGCGAAGGUAAUGUACAUCAAGGCGGGACAUCAAUCGAUAAAUGCAAAUUGAAUCGAUUCUGCCUCUCCAGUUUGGCAUUCUCCAUUGAUGUACAGCAGGUGUACCCUUUACCCCUUUCAAACUGGUCCUCAUGUCUCUCUUCCUUUUCUUUGGACACAUAUUGUCUAUGGCCCGUUUGCCUAUUCUUCCUCUCCCUUGCACUGGCUCACUUUCGUAAGACUUUUUGUUCAGUGGACCAAACAAAUGGGAAAACCGCCUGAAAAAGCAACGUAUUCCCACUAGAAUUCUAGAAAAUGUGAAAAUCACAAAAUCGGUGUCUAAAGCUUCCUUCUUUCUAUCUACUCCCGUGAUGUGAUGUUAUUGCUUUGCAGCUUCACAUCUCAAUAAUGACACCUUCCUAUCUGCUCUGCCGUAUCUGCUUUGUUCAAAGACCGAAAAAAAACGAUUUGGUGUUAAGAAAAAUGUAGGAAUAAAAAAUUCAUCGAAGGCCUGAUGGCCUGAUAAAAUAUUUAAAGUAACAGCCAGAUGUAAAAUUGAAACUGUUGUGAUUCGGGGGAGCUAUCCGCUGCCAAGGAAGAUUACAGGAAAAGAGCCUUGAGUAACUUUCUCGCCUACCACCCCCACUGCGCCAACUUCCAAGGGAGCUAAAGUUGUUUGACUUUAGGCUGUGAUUUCUACACGAAUAGAGUAUGCAUAUCUACUGGCUAUAAGUCUAGUGUCGAAAUGAUAUUGAAAGUCAACCCCUAAUGCAGCUUGUCAGGGUCGCUCUUCCUGCCGGCAGAAGAAAGUUGAAUUUAAGGAGGUGUUCCAUUGCCUCUGCAGACAUUGAUUAUUAAAUUAUUCGAUGUUUAAGAUGAUUACAUCGAAAUCGUUAAUAUAGGCGUAGACGGGCCUAACUUGAUUGCACUGGAUUUCCAUAAUCGAUUGAACAUUCAAAGAGUCGAGCGUAAAGUGCCGAGCACGUGUUUGUAUUCGGU